AUGUCAAAAAUAAUUAAAGCAAUUUUCAUGGUGUAUGUUUUAAUUAACAAGAAUGGUAAGGUAUUAGCUGCGAAAGAUUAUUCUAAGGUGAAUUUUUGUAACCUCAACUGUAAAUUUGGUAGUGAAGAGUUCCCCAAUUCAUCUUGCGAUUGUCCUAAGUUGGAUAAAAAUAGAUGUGGGAGUGAUUAUAGGAUGAUAAAAUUCAGUGAGAAUCCCAAGCAUCCUAUAUAUAUGGUAAAAUUACAUAAUAUUUAUAGAGAUAAAUUAGCAUCGGGGGAUGAUAGAAGAGGUGGUAAUAUUGGCGCAACCGAUAUGAUGGCUCUAGAAUAUGAUCUAGGCCUUGAAUAUACUGCUUGGUGUUGGAGUCAUAAUUGUCUUGAUGAUCAUGACCAAUGCAGGAUUACUCCAGAGUUUGAUACUGCCGGCCAAAAUCAAUAUAUGUGGUUCGAUAAUCAACCUUGCGAUGAAUCGACGAUGGAAGACGCCGUGGAUAAAUGGUACGAAGAAAUCAGCAUAAACAAAAGAGGUAGAAAAUGUAUUAAAAACUUUGAUUGCGACUUACACGGCGUUGGACAUUGGACACAACUUGUUUGGGCAAGUACUACUCAUGUUGGAUGCGCUUUCUCUAAGUACUUGCACGCUAGAACCCGGACGAUUACGUGUAACAUCUUUUGCAAUUAUGGACCAGCAGGAAAUUGGCAAGGAAGCAGGGUAUACACCUUGGGUAGAUCCGCACGUGAUUGCAAACAAACUCAUCCCGAAUAUAGCAGUUUAUGUAUUGGGGAUUUACCCAUAUCAGGGAAUCAUGAGGCGGGAGCAACGAUUAUUAAAUUACAACGUUUUCUUUUCUUUGGAAUUAUCUUAAUUAUAUAUUAAACUUAACUCAAAAGUGUUAA